AUGGACGGGCGGGACUUUUUACUAGUCCCAUGGGACUUGCAGAGGUCUAGAGGCGAGUUGGCAACUGUCAAAUCUACAGUACGGUGGCUAGGGAUACUCCUAGAUAACCAACUUACAUGGAAGAGCCACUACAACGCUCGAAUUAAGACAGCAAGAAAUACGAUAAUCAGGUUAAACUCACUCUGCAGAGCUAAUGGGUUACCCCCAGCGUUAGUGAGGCGCAUACAGAAGGCUACAGUGCAAGCCCAAUUGCUAUGGGGUGCCGAGAUAUGGUGGCAAGGCCAGAAAACAUGGGCACAAAGGAUCCAGAUUCUAAUCAAUAAGCAAGCCAGAGCGCAGAUACUUCCAGUCACCCUCAGACAUGGUGACCUCCACGCACAACCUGGAGAGCAACCACUGGACGACCGUGAAUGGGCCUCUAGAGACAACAAGGUGCUAAAUCGACUUGGCCAAAGGCUUGCAAAGCACCUUGCUCAACGGUUAAACAGAGACCCCUCUGGGGGAAUCGAAAGAACUGAACGAUGCGAGCUCAAAAGCUUCCCAGGCUCGAUCCGAGUACUUGACAAGGAAGAGGCCCUAACAGAGGCUAAUCAACAGCGUGCUGGAACAACGUUUUGGUCAGACGGCUCUAGACUCGAUACAGGACGUGCAGGAGCCGGUGUCACUUUACAGGCUGUACCUGGAGGCCCCUGGGAACACGUAGAGGUGCCAAUGGGCCACGGACACGAGGUGUUUGACGCAGAACUAGUGGGAGUAGCCACAGCCCUUGAAUGGGCACUGGAGAGGCAACCUCUUGAUCCUAUCUGGGUGUUCCUUGACGCACAGAAUGCUAUUGAUCGCCUCAGAUCGACAAGGCCAGGCCCUGGGCAAGCCCUUGUUCUCAGGGCUCACAAGGCAGCUGAGAAACUAGCCUUGAGAGGCCAACCAGUCACAAUACAAUGGGUCCCAGGCCACUCAGGGAUUGAAGGGAACGAGCAGGCUGAUCAAGCUGCUAAACGUGCAGCUAGUAAACAAACCGCGCCUGGUUUUGAGCACCUAUCUUUAGCGCACGUUAGAAGGGCUUGCACGGAAGCAAGGAGAGCUGCAGUAUCUGAAUGGGCUCAAAUCAAUGCUGUACAAGGCAGGCAUAGAGAUGGACGUGUCUACAAGAUGCCUCGAGGUUGGAACCUUGACCCAGUGGCAGGAAAAGCUCCGAAAAGAUUGGCUAGUCGAUACUACCAGUUAAAGACAGGACAUGCCCCAAUUGGUACCUAUCUAUACCGGAUAGGCCGACGGGAAUCGCCUGAGUGUCAGGCCUGCAAGGAGCCUCAUGAGACAGUAAGGCAUGUACUCUUUGAGUGCCGUGGACGUCGAACAGGACGAAGAACUCUCUAUCAAGCCCUCAAAAAAGCAGGCGUGCCACUGCCUACAGCGGCUGAGGAAGACCCCGAGGCUAGGCUAUUUGCUGAGCCUAGAGCGACGCAGGGCUUGCUGCAAUUCGUGGCUGAAGCCAACCUAUUCAAUGAUAAGGAGCGGACAGCCAGAGAGGCUGAGUCUAGUGAUGCGUGGGGGUGGGAUACGUUGGAGGAAGGUGGCCUAGGUGUCACAUUGGAGGAUGAAUAG